CUUCGCCGACCUUUGGCAAGUUCCAGCAUUGACCAGCACCAGCCACCAUGGCCGGGUCAGUGAUGCAACUACUGACACUUCCACGCACCGGAAGUGCGUUCGCCGCGCUCUCUCAUGACCAACCCUCCUCCCACACCGCUAGUUCCGGGGUCAGAUCAGUCAAGCUCAACAAGAUCAAAGUUGUCUGGGGCGAACAACCUCCAAGGUCUAUCGCGUCUCCAACACUGCAACAACAAAUACGGAGAAUUUUGGACAUCGAAAAAUCAUCUGGGGAGACUAUAGCCUACGAGGGCAUUUACUGGGAUUGUCACACCCUCGUGUGCGUUCAGAACAAGGGAGAGGACUUGUAUAAUGAGCUGAAGCUCGAGCUCGAGAAAUCGAUCAGCCGUCUUGCGCGCGGACUUUUGCCAAAGGAGGCCGGAACAACGUCAUCUGCGGUAUCGUACAUAUCGGAGUUCGUUGCUUCGUUCGAGUGGAUUGAGAAGCAAGUGGCCCUCCUUCAAUCUGUUCUCACAUAUCUCGAUCAAGUCUACGUGAAGCAAGCUCAGGUCUUGAGUAUCCGUCUAUUGGCCUUCUCUUUCAUUGCCAAGUUCAUUUUCGCCAACCCGCAACUGAACUUGGCCUUGAAGGAGAGCCUCAAGACACUCAUCAAUGCCGACCGUGAUACGAGCACUCACGCGGAGCACCUCCAGACAAUCCACCGAUUGGUGUCUCAUCUCAUCACUCACCAGCAGUACAUUCCUUUCGAGAAGUUCUACGACGAAACGCUGCGCGAAUAUUACACGGCCGAGUCCGUAAGACUAGCCGAGGAACUGAAAGACGAGCCGAAGCAGUUCUUUGCUCACAUUCGCACGCGCAUUGAUGAAGAGGCCCAGAGAUCUCAGCAGCUGUUAUCCGUGGAAAGCUGGAAGCUGAUGCGGGAUGCAACGACGAUAUCGCUACUGACUGGCAGGAUGAGUUGGAUUGCGCAGACCACUCUGCAAAGCUGUCUAGAGGAGAAGGACUUCGGGACCCUGAAGGCCAUGUAUGAGCUGUUUGUAUGCGCAAGUGGCACCAGUGUCAUGUGCGCGGCCUUCAAGAAUGAUGUGCAACGAGUUGUUUCAGGCAUCGUCAAAGAUGCAGCUGCAGAUGACCGUAUGGUCGAGCGACUGCUGGAAUUCCGUGGCAGUGCUGACAGUGCAGUGAAAACCUGUUUCCUGGACGUUGUGUCGUCGACACCAUCUACUUCAGAUGCUGCACGACGACCCAAUCGUGAAUUCGUCUAUGCACUGACUGAUGCGUUCCAACUUGGCUUCCGGGCACGCCGAAACAAGCCUGCCGAAAUGAUUGCCCGCCAUUUGGAUAAAUUGAUGCGCAAAGGACAGGGAACUAUGAGCGAUGACGAAUUCGAUGCGCUGCUGGACUCGGUCCUGGUUUUGUAUAGGUUCACCGACGACAAGGACGUGUUCCGGGGAUUCUACCACCGAGCACUUUCCAAGCGACUUCUUCUGCAAAAGAGUGCAUCGUCUGAUUUCGAGACCAAGGUUUUGACCAAGUUGAAAGAGCAAUACGACCCUGAAUUCAGCAUGGGCACCGACAUGUUCAACGAUCUCCACCUCUCGAAGGACAUGGUAGACAAAUACCAUGAAAAAAUGAACGAAGGGGAUAUUGGUCUCAAGCUGAACGCGAUCGUUCUGAAGCAAGGAGCCUGGCCAUUCUCGCAAGAUGAAGGCUCUGAAUCGAUCACGUUACCUGUCGAGAUGAUGAAGCAGCUCACUCAUUUCGGCCAGUUCUAUGGGAGAAUGCACCAGAAUCAGAAGCUAGUUUGGAAGCACUCAGUGGCAACGGCGACGUUGAUUGGUCGUUUCAAGGCCGGCAACAAAGAGCUCUCUGUCAGUCUUUACCAGGCAGUCAUCCUGCUUCUCUUCAACGGACCAGAGGAGUGGUCAUUCUCUGAUAUCAAGAAUGAGACACGCUUGGACGACGGUGUCUUGCGGCUCACCCUGCAGAGUCUUGCUUGCGGCAAAAAGCGGGUGUUGACUAAGAUACCGCUUGGCAAAGACAUUGGCGACCACGAUAAAUUCCGAUUCAACGACGGCUUCACGGAUGCGCGAGCCAAGAUUCACAUCAACUCCAUCCAAGCCAAAGUCUCGGAUGCGGAGUCCAAGCAGACCAAUGAAAUGAUACACGUCGAGCGCAGCCAUCUGCUGGACGCAGCGAUUGUGCGAAUCAUGAAAGCAAAGAAAGAGAUGGUGUACGAGAGAUUGUUGUCGGCAACAAUCGACGCGGUCAAGUCUCGUUUCGCACCGGAAGUCAAAGCAAUCAAGACUCGCAUCGACGAUCUCAUGUCAAGGGAGUUUGUGCGCAGAGAUGAUGACAACCCCCAAGUUCUUCUCUAUAUUGCGUAGAACAUUAUAGCUGUACGAGGAGUCCGGAAAAUGACCAGCUUGCUCAACAUGGCGUGCUCGAUUCGUCAGAAUGACCAAGCGAGCCAGUCCGAUCAAUUGCGGUAAUGACCGGUCGCUUAACCUCGAGCCAGCUCAGCUAAGGUAUUCCGAAUUACCUCUUUGCCGGCAGCCACUGACGGUCAGCACGCCAAGAGUCACCCCAGUCAUAGGAAGCGUGCCCAGGAUUCUAUCUACGCGCCCAUGUGAACUGGAACGCGUCACGAGGUUCACCAGACGCGUUUUCUCGUGGCGCGGGGAUAGAACGGGUCGUCUAAUCACGCAAACCGAAUCUCAUUGGCGGCAAUUUCGCCAUCCUCUGCAAAAUGGCGGCACCGCUGGGAAGGCUCCUCAGACACCAGCUUCUCACUUCUUAUGACGCUCGAAGGCCUCGUUGGAGACCCCGACAUUCCCCUGGAACAGGAACUAGCGCACUGGGAGCAACUGGUAUUCUCUUUCGAUAUGCAGGACGACCAGAACCCGCGCCGCAGCCCAGACGGCGUAGACACGGAUUCUCAGCGACAAGAACAGACAGACCUGCAGACCGCCGCGUUUUUAGCUGCUCUUUCAAGUGAUACCCCUCCAAUGUACUCCAGCCAGUACGGCGACUCCCGGGGCACUCUUUCUGUGGACACUCGGAACCUCCUGCUGCCCAAUACGAACAUCUCCAGUCUAUUGGCCAGCCACCCUACGUACUGGGCACCCCCCAUGUCGGGAAACGCUCCUUCCGCUUAUCCUGCCACUCCGCAGCAUCCUGUCGCCUCGGCAUCCUCCUCGACAUCUUCCCCCACACUCGAUGCCGUUGACGAAGAAUAUGACGACAAGCGUCGACGGAACACGGCUGCAUCAGGUCACGAUCAGUUCUAGUGGGAGUACCCUGUGCUGAUGCCAUCCUUCCCUCCCGUGUAGCCCGAUUCCGUAUCAAGAAGAAGCAGAGAGCCCUGGACUUGGAGCGCACCGUCUCUGAUCUGAACGGCCGAGCGGAAGAUCUGGAGCGCGAGGUCGCAGAUCUGCGCAGAGAAAAUGGCUGGCUGAAGGUACGUCCCAUGGAUCGAACAGAUUCCCGGAAGGUAACUCAACCUUGCCAGGAAAUCGUGAUCCUCAAAGGGGGACAAUUUUCUGGGGUAGACCUGUCCAAACCGCUAGGCUUCGCAGCCUCGUCUGAGAGGGCAGAUCACCGCGCGGCGCGGGCGGAAACCGUUGAAAGUUCCGAUGGAGAUGGGUCGCAGGACGAUAAAAGGAGAGGCUCUAAAGGAAAGGGCAAGACGAAGGCAGGCAGCAAGAGCAAGUGAUAUCAGUUCAUUUUAGGCUGGCUUGAGUUCAGCAGGAGCGUCUAUGUAAAACUCUAGCCUCUUGUAAUCUGUUGUUCACUAUUGAUGGCGCAUCACUUUCUCCC